AGCCCCUCCUCCCCCCCCCACCACCACCAACCACGGCAGUCCCCACCGGCGGCCAUGCUCCGCGAGACGCGCCAUCUGUGGGUGGGGAACCUUCCCGACAAUGUUCGCGAGGAAAAAAUCGUCGAUCACUUCAAACGGUACGGCCGCGUGGAGAGCGUCAAGAUCCUGCCCAGGCGCGGCUCGGAGGGCGGCGGCGUGGCGGCGUUCGUCGACUUUGUGGACAUCAAGAGCGCGCAGAAGGCCCACAAUGCAUCUCACCAGAUGGGCGAGCGCGAGCUGCGCACCGACUACAACGAGCCCGGCGCCGCCUCCGCCGCCUCCGCCGCCUCCUCCGGCGCCUCCUCCGGCGCCUCCGGCGGCGGCCGAGGCGCCGACCACCACGACGGUGGAGGGGUGGGCGGCCCGGUCGGGGCUGCGGGGGCGACGACGUCGUCGGCGUCGUCGUCGGCGCAGCCGGGAGCCGCC